AUGCAAAGCGACGAUUCCACGCUGCAUUCCAGCACGUACCGCGAGGCCGUGCAGCCCAUGCUCUGCUGCCGCCAUUUCGUGCCGUCAGAGUACUUCUUGUUGGACAAGGACCCAUCUCAGGCGCUCUACUUCGGCUAUCCGUUCCGGACAAUCGUGCCCAAAGGAUACAUGAGUGGCGGCGCGGGUUAUGUGCUCAGCCGCGAGGCGCUGCGGCGCGUUGUCGAGCAAGGCAUGAUGCAGGGCAAGUGCCGAGCCGACGGGGCGGGAAGCGAGGACGCCGAGCUGGGCCGCUGCCUCAUGCACGUCGGAGUCCCGCCCGGUGACACUCGUGACGCCCUGGGUCGAGACCGGUUCUUCCCGCUGCACGUCGAACGCUAUUUCUGGCAGGAUACGCUUCCGUACCACUGGUGGAUUUGGAAAUACGCCAAGUACCCUGUGCGGCUGGGCUGGAACUGCUGCAGCGACACGGCUGUGGCCAUCCACUACACGAAGCCCGAAGGGAUGUACCUGUUUGAGUUCUUCGUGUACCACGUACGGGUGUUGGGCGGCCUCGAUGAGCGGGUACACCCAAGGCAUCCGCCUAUUCCCGAGUUGACUCUGUGACUUGGCAUCUGCGUCGACGAGGCCUCAACAAGUUAUCUCCCUUAUGAUGCCUUCGUCGCUGAACAACAACCAAUAGCUUUAUGUUAUGCCGUGGUAGACGUGCUGCAGAAUAAA